GCUGCGUGCAAUUACAAAUGAGCCGCGAGCAGAGCGAGCGAGCCACAGUCGCUGUCCCGCCUGCCUCCAGACGAGGAGUGCGAAGGAGGAGCCGAGCCCUCGGGUUGGAGGGAUCCGGGAGGAGCGGGAAGCCCCGAGCAGGGCGAGGGGAGCGGGCGGCCAGGACGAGCAGGGGCCGUUAUUCUGCCGUUGCUCUCACUACCUCCCCCCAGCCCGCCCCCAGACCCUGCUCCCGAGCAAACUCCGUCCCCGAGCUGGGGCCGGGACCACAACCCCGCGUCCUCGUGGCUGGAUGCAAAGCGGGUGGGGGCGGGGGAGCCGAGCGGAGCCCGAUCCCCAGCCUGGAGCUGCGGGCUGCAGCCGAUGUGCGUGCGUGCCCGUGGCGGGCGGCAGACGGGCGGAUGACGGCGCUGCCCCGAGCCAGCGCGGCGGCGUUCCCAGGGAAUGGCCACAGGUGGCCCCUUGACAGGGGGCAGUGAUGAAUGAACUAGAGCUGGGACGGAAGAGGACAAGGAGCAAUAACUUUCCCCAGUGACGGCGUGUCACCUACCCCCCCACCAGGCUGCCUCUCCUUGAAUAGCAUGGUUCCCCCCUAGAGGAAGGUCCCCCGGCCCACCAAUGGGCCACUGAUCAGGCCAUUAGUGAGCUGCAGAAAGUAGAAGAGGAAGCUCAUCCGCAGAGAAGCAAGCAAGCUUCUUUCCCCAGGUCCCAACAUGUGGCUCCUUCUGGUUUACCUGUUACUGGCGUGGGUGGCAGGGGCCGCCGCCGCUGUGCCUGUGGUGCCCUGGAGAGUCCCAUGCCCGCCACAGUGCACCUGCCAGAUCCGGCCCUGGUACACACCCCGCUCGGUGUACCGGGAGGCUACCACCGUGGAUUGCAAUGACCUGUUCUUGUCCUCGGUGCCCCCGGAACUGCCCGGAGGCACCCAGACCCUCCUCCUGCAGAGUAACAAUAUUGCUCGGGUGGAGCAGAACGAGCUCGACUACCUGACCAACCUGACUGAGCUGGACCUGUCCCAAAACAGCUUUUCCGAUGCCCGUGACUUUGGCCUUCGGGCCCUGCCCCAGCUACUGAGCCUUCACCUGGAAGAGAAUCAGCUGACCCAGCUGGAGGACAACAGCUUCGUGGGGCUGGCAAACCUUCAAGAGCUCUAUCUCAACCACAACCAGCUUCGCCGAAUCUCUCCUGGGGCUUUCACGGGGCUGGGCAACCUCCUGCGGCUCCACCUCAACUCUAACCUGUUGCAGGCGGUGGACAGCCGGUGGUUCCAGGUCCUUCCGAGCCUGGAGGUCCUCAUGAUAGGGGGCAACAAGGUGGAUGCCAUCUUGGACAUGAAUUUUCGACCUCUGGCCAACCUGCGCAGCCUGGUGCUGGCGGGCAUGAACCUGCGGGAGAUCUCGGACUACGCCCUGGAGGGCUUGCGGAGCCUGGAGAGCCUCUCUUUUUACGACAAUAAACUGGCCCGUGUGCCUAAAAGGGCACUGGAGCAUGUACCUGGACUCAAGUUCCUAGACCUGAACAAGAACCCUCUGCAGAGGGUGGGCCCCGGUGACUUCACCAACAUGUUGCACCUCAAAGAGCUGGGGCUGAACAACAUGGAGGAGCUGGUCUCCAUAGACAAAUUUGCCCUCGUCAACCUCCCCGAGCUCACCAAGUUGGAUAUCACCAACAACCCCCGGCUUUCCUUUGUGCAUCCCCGCGCUUUCCGCCACCUGCCCCAGAUGGAAACCCUCAUGCUCAACAACAAUGCCCUUAGUGCCUUGCACCAGCAGACCGUGGAAUCCCUGCCCAACCUACAGGAAAUCGGUCUCCAUGGCAACCCUAUUCGCUGCGACUGCGUCAUCCGCUGGGCCAAUACCACGGGCACCCACGUCCGCUUCAUCGAACCGCAGUCCACCUUGUGCGCUGAGCCGCCCGACCUCCAGCACUGCCCCGUCCGCGACGUGCCCUUCCGCGAGAUGACCAGCCAUUGCCUGCCGCUCAUCUCUCCGCGGAGCUUCCCCCCAAGCCUUCAGGUGGCCAGCGGAGGGAACCUGGCCCUCCACUGCCGGGCUCUGGCUGAGCCAGAGCCAGAAAUAUACUGGGUGACUCCGGCUGGGCUGCGACUGACCAGUGCCCGGGCAGGGGGCAGGUACCGGGUGCACCCGGAGGGCACCCUGGAGAUCCGAGAGGUGACUGAAGGCGAAGCCGGGCUCUACACCUGCGUGGCCCAGAACCUAGUCGGAGCAGACACCAAGUCAGUCAGCCUGGCCGUGGGCAGCUCUCUCUCCAGAGAUGGCCCCCAGGAGCCGGAGUUGGAAUUGAGGGUGCAGGAAGUCCACCCCUACCACAUCCUACUGCGCUGGGAGCCCCUGCCCAACACCAUCUCCACCAACCUUACCUGGUCCAGCUCCUCCUCCCUCCGGGGGCCGGGGACCACCGCCCUGGCCCGCCUGCCUGGGGGCACCCACAGCUACAACAUCACCCGCCUCCUCCAGGCCACCGAGUACUGGGCCUGCCUGCAGCUGGCUUUCGCCGAUGCCCGCACCCAGGUGGCCUGCACCUGGGCUAGGACUAAGGAAGCCAGCCCCCACCGCGGGGCUCUAGGAAGCCAUGUGGGGGUUCUGGCCGCCUUGGGGCUCACCGCCCUGUUGCUAGCUGCUGGGCUGGCCAUUCACUGUGGCCUUUGCCCUACUAAACCAAGCGGGAGGGUGGGUGAAAAACCUCUCCUUCCGUCCUGGGCUCCAUGGGGCCGCAGCGCCCCUUCUGUCCGAGUGGUAUCACCCCCCUUUGUCAAGCACUGGAAUCCAGGGAGGAAGCCCACAGACCUUGCAGAGGGGAAGAUGGUUUCACCAGUAAUGCUCUAUGAUUCCUGAAGUUCAUCUUAUUCUUGGGGGUAGGGGAAUAACUAAGACUAUUUUUUAUCAAAAGGGAAGAGGGCUGGACCAGACAUCCCACUGUAAAGGUGACACAGACCCACACCCUUAUGGCUUGGCAGCUGGACGUGGACGGCCUGAACCCCCUCACUCUCCUGCCCCUCAAAACACUGCCACCGGUCCUCUGCGGGACCUCCCUGCUGCCUUCAUGAGGACACUUCCCAAGAGCAGGAAGUGCUCUGGCUAUUAACUUUCUCUACCCCCACCCCAGCCUGUUACCCCAUUCAUAUGAGAGCCCCUUUAGACUCAGCUUGGGCCCUGGGCCCUCCCCAAAUCCCCCAAGGGAGCCCAGCCUUUCUUUUCUCCUCUGUACAGUUUCACUUGCCUGCUCUUACUUCUCCUAGCCUAGCUAGGGCUAGUCUCCUUCUACCCCCAGGAGCUUUCUCUGAAGGGGAAGGAAAUACCUUGCAUCUGAGGGACAUGGAGAGGAAGGAACUACCCUGUAGUACUAUGGGGGAACUCUUAUCUCCCAGAUGCCCGCAGGACUAGGUCACUCUGGAGCUGACUUUGGAAACAGUUUUGUACCUUUGGGGAGAAACAUGACACUUUCUCCUAUUUCUCCAAUUCACUCUCUUCUAACUUGGAAAAGGGAAGGGAGAAGGAAGGGAAGAAGGGAAGGAAAGAAAGAAGGAAGGAGGGAAAGAGGGAAAGAAGGAAGGAAGGAAGAAAGGAAGGGAAGGAGGAUGAAAUGAAGGAAAGGAGGAUGAAAGAGGAAAAAAAGAGGAUAAGAGAAAGAGAGGGAAAAGAAAAUCCUUUGUAUUGCAGUGUAUUGCUAGUUAAUUCCCUGUUCAGAAAUCACCACUUCAAAAGCAGGACAAAGAAGUCUGAGAUGAGAUAGGGAGAAAGGAAUGGAGAAGGAUUGAUUUUUUUCAUUUCAAUUUCCCAAAUCUGAUACUCUAAACCCCUCUGCUCCCCUGCCAGUAAACCCCCCCUGCAACCCUGGAGAUGCACAAGGUGCUUUUAGCUCCUGAGGGAUGAUACAGGGAGAAGAAAGGUCCAGGCCAAGAAGAGAUGGGGAGAAAGAAAACAAAGCUGAGAGACAGAGCAAGAGAGAAACAGAGGAAAUUUCCAUCAUUCAACAUUGUCACCCCUUCUUCUCUGAUAAGCAAAUAACAUUGCAAAUGCAAACUACCACUGCUCGGGAAGCACUUCCCAGCCUGGAGGAGGCUUGCAAUCCUAAAACAGUUGGCAGUUUGACUCUGGGAGGGGUAGGAGUGGCUAAUGGGAUGGGAGGUUGGCCAGGGGAAGGGUGUAGGAUGAGGAAAUUGCUGCAAUUUUCUUUCUGUUCAGUUUCUGUAUUGUUUGUAAUGAGCCCAACUUGCUUUUUGGUAUUUUUAUUUAUCUGAUUGACUUCUUAGGACCAAAUGUGAACAGGAACAUUUGUUGAUAACCCACUGUUAUAAGAGCAUUGCCAAUAAAGCAGGGGAAGGGGGCUGCUGUGGACCCCAGUGAAAAGACCGUGUCAGGGCAGUAGGUGGGGAAAUUGGAAUUUGCUUCUCUCCCCAAGUGGGAUAAGGGAGACCCUGGUAUUCUUGAGCCUGAAACAAACAAACAAACAAAAAAAAAAAAAACUUGAAAUUGAAUCUCUCCAGAUAUCUACAGUUUCCAGCACUGCAUGGGAAAAUUUCUCAUAAACAAGCUUUCCAGCCCAUUUGGGCAACCCGGGGAGGACAAAUAGGCUACUGAAUAGGGGGUCUAGGCCCCCUACUAUUCCUUUCUUCCCAUCUUAGCCCUAGACAUAUGCAUUGAGUUUAAGACUGCUCUCCAUCGUCCUCUAGAGGAGCCCCCCCCCUUCUUAUUUCCUUCAUGCUUUCUGUUACUGGCAAUAAGAUAGCCUGGGGAUCAUCUAAGAAGGAUUGGGGACAAGCAGACACUGAUAAACAGAGCCUGUUUAAGGUUCCCCCUCUGAACUUGUGGGGCUGUCUCUGCAGCCUUGCUUUGAAGCACAGACUGCCCCCUGCUUCCUUGGAACAUCAUCCUUUCUUUUGCUAAUUUUUUUAUAUGAGAACUUUCCAUGAAAGGAAAGGAUAUUUAUCCCAAGACCAAAAGCUAUUCAGGACUGGGGAGAAUAUUGAAAUGGGCCUAAUCACUUUUUCCUAGGAGAGGGAAAAAUGGAGGAACAAAGCAGAGAUUUCCCACCACAUUAGAGCCCUCCCAACCAAGUGGUCUUAGUCAGGAGAAUCAAUAAUCCAACCUUCUGAGGAAGAAGACCCUAGAUGCCCUGAAAAAAGCUAUGGGGGACAGCUAGGUGACACAAUGUAUAGAGCACCAAACCUGAAUUCAGUCAGGAGGACCUGAGUUCGAUCUGAUUUUAACACUUCUAGCUCUGUGACCCUGGGCAAGUCACUUAACCCUAAUUUCCUCAGCAAAAAAAAAAAGAAGAAGAAGAAGAAGAAGAAGCAGCUAUGAAGUUCUUAAAACCCAUUAAUCCAAUCCCAACACUGUCCCAAGGCACUUGUCCAGUCUGGGACUGGUACAAAUAGGAGAAUGUAAGAUUUAUGAGGCUAGCUUGCUCAGUGGUUGAACCAGGAGCAUUAAAACAAGGUCAUGAAGUGUGGGGUCUCCCAUAGCUAAGCAAGAGUUUCUUUGGUUGCUGUUUUCUACCCAUUUUCCCCUCCCUGAGGCCUUAACCCUAUAUAUAUAUACAUGGAGCUAAGAAGAUAGAGCAAUUAGCACCUGAAGAAAAGGAUCUAGAAAUCCCACCAUAGCAGAUAAAGCUCUAGGUCUUCUAGUCUCUCUUUUCCUCCAUCCUGUUAUUUGGGGGUGAAGAGAGGGAAAAAAAAUAUGAUUAACAUAAACAUUCUGAAAAGUAUUCAUCUAUCCCAUCUUCCAAAAACCAUUCUCUCAAUAACUGCCCAUGGGUAAACUAAUUAGUGAGCUGGGGUGAAUGUAAGAAUGGCUGAAAAUACCAUGUAUCUUUCAUAGAAAGAUGGGAUCUCAGAACACCAACCAAGAUGCCAUGGUGCAUUUGGGAAAGAAGCGAUAAAAGGCAGAUUGGUUUUCCCCAUUGUUCAUAGUCUGCCUCUUUCCCUGAAUGAUUGAUUGGAAUGACCUUUUCCACAGGCUCCUUUCCAAGAUGCUCAGCCAGGAAAGUUUGUGCGGGGGUACUGUUGUGGUUUUUUUAAUGGGAGUAGGAAUGAGAUAUCCAGGGUCCUGAAGAAAGAAUGCUGAAACUUUAUUGUCUUGUUUGCAUUUUAUCAACUCAUCUCUACCUGCUUUCUAGCUGCCGGAAGCAGUGGAGCUGGGAGCCAGGUUUCUCUGUCCCAUUUUAUUCAAUCACUAGCCAAAGGAACUGGAGGAGUCUCUCCAUCUUAUCUCCUGGCUACCAAACUACCUGUCUACCAUUAGAAGCCUAAUUCAAUAUUAGGGACAGUUAGAUGGCUCAGCGGAUAGAGCACCAGCCCUGAAGUCAGGAGGACCUGGACACUUAAGGCUUGAACUUUAGAAGAGUUUUUCUAGAAAUGACUGCUGCCUUCUUAUCAGGGGCAUUGUAGCUACUAAUUGGAGUCCUUCAGGAAUCAACUCACUACCACCAUCCUAUUGGGAUCCCAUUCUAUCCUCAAGAGUUAAAGAGAGAAAGACCAUCAACCAAUAAGAAGAAAAGAAAAUGCCCAGUCUCAGUCUGGAUCCAUACUAAAGGUAUAAGGAAGAACAAAAGACAUCUUUCAGAGAUUUACAAUAAAGCCCUAGUUCUAGAUUAAAUCCUUCACUGUAUUGGGGAUUUGGAAGGGGAUGGGAAAGGGUACUGUUUAAAUAAAGACUUCCCUAUUCUUGCA